AUGUAUUGGCGCUACUUGAGUAUAUGCGUGGCUAGUGUGCUGCCUCUAGUCUCGGCUGUUGACAUUGAUUGGAACGACGAUUCAUCAAUCAAGGACGGCGCAGCACAGAUUGCGUAUGGUUUAUUACAAUAUUAUACCGGCAACAACACGGGAGACGUUCCCGGUAACUUGCCCGAUCCGUACUACUGGUGGGAAGCCGGCGCAUAUUUUGGAACUCUGGUUGACUAUUGGGCCUUUACGGGAGAUGAACAAUAUGUCGACUUGACCUUCCAAGCGUUACAACACCAAGUGGGCGACGAUGGCGAUUUCAUGCCCGAAAACCAGACCCUGACCGAGGGUAACGAUGACCAAGGCUUCUGGGCCUUGUCCGCCAUGACAGCAGCAGAAAUGGGUUUCCAGAACCCCGGUGCAGAUGGGGUGCAAUGGCUCGCAGCGGCGCAGGCCGUCUUCAACGAGUAUGUAUGGCGCUGGGACAACUCCACAUGCGGCGGUGGCCUCAGAUGGCAGAUCUAUACAUUCAACAACGGUUACAACUACAAGAACAGUGUUUCGAACGGUUGUUUCUUCAACAUUGCUGCGCGAUUGGCCCGCUACACGGGUAACACGACGUACGCCGACUGGGCCGAGACAGUCUAUGACUGGAUGGAGACGGUCGGUUUCAUCGACGACGAGUAUAACAUCUACGACGGUGCGUCCGACGAUGAGGGCUGUGUUAGCAUUGACCAGGCACAAUGGACAUACAAUGCUGGCAUUUUCAUGGAGGGAUCCGCUGCCAUGUGGAAUUAUACAAACGGCACGUCGGACAAGUGGGAACAGCGCACGACGGGUAUUGUCAACCGCACAGCAACAUACUUCUUCAACGAAAGCGUCAUGUACGAGCCGCCCUGCGAACCGCAAAGUAACUGCGCCACGGACAGUUUCUCCUUCAAGGCGUACUUGGUACGCUGGAUGGCAAAGACCACCCAGCUCAUGUCCUCAACCUACGACACCAUCUACCCGCUGCUAGAGGCCUCGGCGCAGGGUGCUGCGAAACAAUGCGACGGCACGGGGGAGGGCACAGCAGGCCGGACGCUCUCCGGAUACGCAUGUGGACAGCACUGGACAUGGGGAGCCCAGAACGACGGAACGAGUGGUGUCGGACAGCAAAUGUCGGCCCUGUCAGCCGUGUUCUACACCCUACUCGAUGGUGCGCCGACACCGUACACAUCCGUGACGGGUGGUACAUCGACUGGCGACAGCAGUGGAGGAACCGCGAAAUCGGAAAGUGACGUGAGAGGAACCAAGCCAAUAACCACUGGUGACAAGGUCGGUGCCGGCAUAUUGACGGCGCUGGUCCUGGGCGGACUAGUUGGUGGUGUCUGUUUCUUGAUAUUGACGUAG